GGCCACCGCCAUGGACUGGCAGCCGGACGAGCAGGGCCUGCAGCAGGUGCUGCAGCUGCUGAAGGACUCGCAGUCCCCCAACACGGCCACGCAGCGCGUCGUGCAGGAUAAGCUGAAGCAGCUCAACCAAUUCCCCGACUUCAACAACUACCUGAUCUUCGUGCUGACCCGCCUCAAAUCCGAAGUACAUGCUGCAGCGGACGCAGGACAGUGAUGAGAACGUGGCACUGGAGGCGUGCGAGUUCUGGCUGACGCUGGCGGAGCAGCCCAUCUGCAAGGAGGUGCUGACGUCCCAUCUGGUCCAGCUCAUCCCCAUCCUGGUGAACGGCAUGAAGUACUCAGAGAUCGACAUCAUCCUGCUCAAGGGCGACGUGGAGGAGGAUGAGGCCAUCCCCGACAGCGAGCAGGACAUCAAGCCCCGCUUCCACAAAUCGCGCACGGUGACGCUGCAGCACGAGGAGGAGCGGCCGCAGGACCCCGAGGACGGCGAGGACGAGGACGACGACGACACUUUGUCCGACUGGAACCUGAGGAAGUGCUCGGCGGCCGCGCUCGACGUCCUGGCCAACGUGUUCCGGGAAGAGCUGCUGCCCCACCUGCUGCCCCUGCUGAAGGAGCUGCUCUUCCACCCGGAGUGGGUCAUCAAGGAGUCGGGCAUCCUGGUGCUGGGCGCCAUCGCCGAAGGCUGCAUGCAGGGCAUGGUGCCCUACCUGCCGGAGCUGAUCCCGCACCUGAUCCGCUGCCUGGCCGACAAGAAGGCGCUGGUGCGCUCCAUCGCCUGCUGGACGCUGAGCCGCUACGCGCACUGGGUGGUGGGGCAGCCCCCCGACCUCUACCUGAAGCCCCUCAUGACGGAGCUGCUCAAGCGCAUCCUGGACAGCAACAAGCGGGUGCAGGAGGCGGCCUGCAGCGCCUUCGCCACGCUGGAGGAGGAGGCGUGCACCGAGCUGGUCCCGUACCUCAGCUUCAUCCUGGACACGCUGGUGUUCGCCUUCGGGAAGUACCAGCACAAGAACCUGCUCAUCCUCUACGACGCCAUCGGGACGCUGGCCGACUCCGUGGGGCACCACCUCAACCAGCCGGAGUACAUCCAGAAGCUGAUGCCCCCCCUCAUCCAGAAAUGGAACGAGCUGAAGGACGAGGACAAGGACCUGUUCCCGCUGCUGGAGUGCCUGUCCUCCGUGGCCACCGCCCUGCAGAGCGGCUUCCUGCCCUACUGCGAGCCCGUCUACCAGCGCUGCGUCACGCUGGUGCAGAAGACGUUGGCUCAGGCCAUG